UUAUACAAAACCCAAGAUGGUGACGAAAUGUUGACAUUUCAAUUUGUUGAUCUAUUAUCAAUGAUUAAAGGAGCCCUUCUGACGAAUUAUAUUUUCCGUCACAGAUAAAUGUCCAUCAAUAAGGCAGAGGAUGUGAAUUAUUAUGCUCCUCUUUCGGAACGAGGCAGCUACAGGGCCAGUUAUUCACACGAUGAUCUGACAAAUGCGUUCAAUAUGUGUAUUGAACAAGGGCUUCCUUUUGAGAGGGUUGCUAAAAAGUUUUCCGAUCAACACUUUAAAGGACAGAGUUCGUGGCAAAAUUAACAUAGACACUGUAAAAUCUGGCCCUUCCCCUUCAUUUGAUAUCAACCAAGAAACAUUGCUCUGUGAGCAUAUUGAAACUAUGGCUGAAAUUGGCAUGGGUUAUUCUCGACAAGAAACAAUUAACUUAGCCUCUGAUUAUGCCAUUCAUUUGAGAAUAAGACAACAAGGGGAAAGGUUGAGUUUGAAAUUGUUGUAUGGGUUUUGAAGUAGAUGGCCGGAGUUAAAGGUAAAAAACCUCAGUCACUAGAAAUAGCAAGGGCCAGUAGUGCCACUAAGACGACAAUUGAAAACUAUUUUAAAGAAUUGAACAAUAUAUUAACCAAAUAUCAUUUGACAGACAAGCCAUCCAGAAUCUACAAUAUUGAUGAAAAAGGUCUCAGUACAAAUCACAAACCACCUAAAAUUGUAACAGGCAAGGCCUACAAAGCACAGGGGGUGACAGCUGUAACCCGCCACAACCAAAUAUGUAUGCAUAUACGCAUGUUAGACUUGUGUGCCUGGCAUGGUCCAUUGCCAUGGCAAUCACAGCGGAUGACAAAGUGGCACCACCAGUGUUAAAGGCAAACAGGGAGAUCCUGAAACCGCCCUCUGAAAGCUAUAAACCACAGCAGAUCCACAUUAGCCUGGGUGACACAACGUCGGAGAUGAACAUUAUGUGGGCCACACAAGUUCAUGACACGUCCAUAGUGGAGUUCCACACUGGAGACAGGCAGGAUAUGAAGAGGGUCGAGGGGCAGACCAGAAAGCUUGAAGCGGACAACACAAAUGGGCUAAAAUACCUUCAUCAUGUCAAGCUUGAAGACCUUCUUCCGCAGACAAAAUAUUUUUACAAUGUUAGAGGUGAAGCUGACGAUACUCUGAGUGACCAGUUCAGUUUCACAGUCCCCCCAGUGAUGGCUGGAAACACUCACACCUUCAUGGUGUAUGGUGACCUUGGAACUAAGGCUAAAGACAUGCAGUUCCUACUGCAAGAGGCACUCAAUGAGAAGUACGAGGCCAUCUUCCAUGUGGGUGACAUUGCGUAUGACCUGGAUGGCAACGAGGGGGAAACUGGCGACAAAUUCCUUCAGACGGUUGAAAAAGUGGCUGCACGCAUUCCCUACAUGACCAUCCCCGGGGACCAUGAGCGUAACCAUAGUUACCUCCAUUAUACAUACAGAUUCGCUAUGCCCAAUCUUCCCUGGCCUAUGCCUAGCGACAAACUCUGGUACAGUCUUGACAUAGGGCCCAUUCAUUUUGUGAUGUAUUCCACUGAGGUGUUUUUUGAUGAUGAGGUGAACGCUGAGGUCAUGUUGAAGUGGCUUAAGGAAGAUUUAGACCAGGCAAAUAUGCAGCGGUCUGCCAAGCCAUGGAUAAUAGCUAUGGGUCACAGGCCGAUGUAUUGUUCAGUAGAUGACAUAGGUGAUGAUUGCAGGAGGACAGUUCCAGUUGUGAGAAGGGAACUUGAGGAUCUUUUCUUUGCUGAAGGUGUUGAUUUGAUAAUAUCCGGUCACCAGCAUUUUUACGAAAGGACCUGGCCAAUCUAUAAGCAGAAAGCGACACAGUACAAUUACCGUCACCCCUCGGCUCCUGUGCAUUUAACUAUAGGAACACUGGGUUCAGUGUAUAAAAUAGACAAUAGCAUCAACUUGGGAGGACAGUGGUCCGCAUUUGUUAUAUCUGAAGCAGGCAAAGAGUCAUUUGGUCGUCUGAAAGUUUACAAUGCCACUCAUCUGUCAUGGGAGGUUAGGGAAUGCUCGAAUGGUAAAGUGGUUGACAGAAUGUGGAUCAACCAGCCUUAUCACAGGCCAUUUCACAAGCAGCCUGAAGUGUUCCUUCCCAAUCCCUUGGGAGAAAUGGGGCAGGAAUGGCUUGACAAUCAGCGCUCAGAGUCGUUUGGCUUAGAGGCGUUCCUCGGAAUCAAGGGUAAUCACUAUGGUGAUGAUUUCCAGACCAAGCUCACGGUUCUGUUCUGUGUGUUCGUUAUUUGUGUCGUGGGACUGAUAGCCAGGAAGAAGGUGCUCACUCUGAUCCGAAUCUGUUGUCUGAAGAAGGAACCAUGCAACAAAUUGAAAGCCAGCCUCAUGUCAGACAGUUCUAAUGUGUAGUGUGGCAUUGUGAUAGUUAUGUCUAUAUUUCUCUGAAUACUGGCAGGGCCAAAAUUUACUGACAUAGAAAAUAACUCCCGAUUCAUGUAAUACAGCUUAAAUACAUCGCCCUGACAUUUAAACAAAGUUAUUAGCAAACUUGCAUUAUGGAAUUAAUUUAUAUUUGGUUCUGUAUUUGUACACUAUCUUUUAAUGUUUUUGACAGAUUCUGUUUUGUUUAUUUCUUUGGCAUGCCUAAACAUAUAUUGGAUUGCAUACUGAUCACUUAUAUUUAAUGAUUAUCUACAGUACACAUAUUUGUUUUCUUCUUAAAUAAUUUCCUUGAAAAUAGACAGAUUGUCACUAGUGACUAAUUUUUUUUUCUUGUAGUCUAUCUCAGUCAGAGUUGAAUGGGAAAUUUGCAAACCUAUUAUAUAAAUAUUCAAAAGUGAAGCCAAUUUAACAUGAAAACUUGUCAACAUUCCAAAUGUGUGUAUCACUUAUAUUUUCUUUCCCUGUUCUGAAUGCUUAUGGUGUCCUGUAGUAUUUCCACACUUAGAGAAAGCUCAGUUAACUGUCUUUUUUUUUCUAACAUUAAUUAUGUGCUCAUUUAUAUUUGAUAUGAUGCUUUUCGUGUAACAGUUUGAAACUUGUUAUUGAAAAUGUUGUCCUAUUAUUGAAGACUAAACAAAAUGGUUACUCCUAAAAAUCAUUGUUACUACAAUGUAGAAUGCCAUCCUUGAUUGGGUCAGCAUUUUAAAGCAGCGAUUCAAAUAAGCACAAGUUCAUAGGCCCUGCACUAGCAACUAUUUAAUCGGGCUUGUUCAAAUUCUCAUUUUAAUAUAGACAGGCUCUAUUUCUUUGGUCUCAAUCAGUAAUAUUGUUAAAAAUUAAUUCUUUUGUGGUAGAACUGAUAAUUUCAAUGUUUUUACCAAGUGUUUUGUGGAGCCAUAUUCAAUCUUUAUUUUUUUAGAAACCUUAAAUUAAAAGAGAAAUGUCUGAACGAUUUUGAAAUUGUGAUCAGUUUUCAAAAUAAUGUUUAUUUACAAUUUGAAUUAAAGCUUUCAAUACUGGCUGACCUGGUCCAAUGAAAACAGGUUUUGAUGAUUUGAGAAAACUUGUUACUCUAUUAAUAUACAUAUGAAGUUUAUAGAGUUUAUGGUAUAAUUUGUUUCUGAGUGAUACUCGUUUUACAAUGAAAAUAUAGUAUAUUUUAGGUUACAUUGUAAUAUGUACCAGUUAUUCUUAUUAACUGACUCUUUCAUAGGAUGGACUUUGCUUUAGGGAUGAUAAAGAAUGCUUUUAUGUGCCAAAAUUGUAUUGCAAAAACUCUUGCCCGGAAAAUAUUGACCUGUAACAACCUCCUUGUUUUUGUUUUGAUGCUGUUGCAAUUUUCAAGUUUUUGUCAUGAUUGUUAUAUAGUUUUCACAAAGUUUUUGUGUCCCAUACUAUAGUAGUGGGGGACAUAUUGUUUUUGCCCUGUCUGUUGGUUGGUCUGUUUGCGCCAACUUUAACAUUUUGCAAUAACUUUUGCUAUAUUGAAUAUAGCAACUUGAUAUUUGGCAUGCAUGUGUAUCUCAUGGAGCUUCACAUUUUGAGUGGUGAAAGGUCAAGGUCAUCCUUCAAGGUCAGAGGUCAAAUAUAUGUGGCCAAAAUCCCUCAUUUUAUGAAUACUUUUGCAAUAUUGAAGAUAGCAACUUGAUAUUUGGCAUGCAUGUGUAUCUCAUGGAGCUGCACAUUUUGAGUGGUGAAAGGUCAAGGUCAGGGUCAUCCUUUAAGGUCAGAGGUCAAAUAUAUGUGGCCCGAAUGGCUUUUUUAUGAAUACUUUUGCAAUCUUGAAGAUAGCAACUUGAUAUUGGGCAUGCAUAUGUAUCUCAUGGAGCUGCACAUUUUGAGUGGUGAAAGGUCAAGGUCAUCCUUCAAGGUCAGAGGUCAAAUAUAUGUGGCCCAAAUCGCUUAUUUUAUGAAUACUUUUUCAAUAUUUAAGAUAGGAACUUGAUAUUUGGCAAGCAUGUGUAUCUCAUGGAGCUGCACAUUUUGAGUGGUGAAAGGUCAAGGUCGAGGUCAUCCUUCAAGGUCAAAUAUAUGGGUCAAAAUUGCUCAUGUAAUGUCACUUCUGCAAUAUUGAAGCUAGCAAUUUAAAAUUUGAAAUGCAUGUGUAUCUCAUGGAGCUGCACAUUUUGAGUGGUGAAGGGUCAAUGUCAAGGUCAUCCUUCAAGGUAAAACGUCAUUGUGUUUCACAAACGCAUCUUGUUUUCUUAUGUAUUGCUGCAGAGUCUGCAGAUAGUGCAAACUGUUUCUACAUAUGUACACAAAGUCAGUUUUAUUCAUUGAGUACUGAAAUAAUAUACUUAUUUUAACUUUCCGAUCAUUUAGUAUGAACUAGUCUGAGUAACAGUUUUUGUCUGUAAGACAAUGUUUGUUAUAUAAAUUAAAAACUUUGCAAUUGUGUUUUUGCAAAUACAAACUAAGAUAAAGAUUAAGUGGCAAACGUUAUUGUAAAUAAGACACCCCAAAGUGGAAGUUCAAACUUUAAUACCGCCAAAUAUGCAUUUUUAUAUAGUGCUGCUGCUUAUAUAUUUGAAUAAGAUAAUUUUACUUUUUGUAAGAUUUUGUUAGAAGUGUUAUAUUUAAAAUGUCUUAUAUGACUCAUGUCAUGUUCCAUGUUCUGAAAAAUUAUUGAAUAACAUGGUUUUCCAUGAAGUCGGUCAAAAAUAUUUGCAUUCAUUUUCAAUGAACUGCUAUUUUAUCUUGUUAGUGCUUAAUGUUUAUAUUUUAAAUUAUUCAAUGCUGUUUUGUUAUUGAUAAAACGAAAGGUAAUGGCUUUAAAGUAAGAAAUUUGUUGAUUGUGAAGGUCCUUUUUAACCAGGUUUUCCGAAGGAAAAAACUGGUUAUUAGAUUGGCGAAUGCGGGCGGGCUGGCUGGCUGGCUGGCGGGCUGGCGGAAUAAGCUUGUCCGGGCCAUAACUAUGUCGUUCAUUGUCAGAUUUUUAAAUCAUUUGGCACAUUUGUUCACCAUCAUUGGACGGUGUGUCGCGCAAAAUAAUUACGUCGAUAUCUCCAAGGUCAAGGUCACACUUUGAGUUCAAAGGUCAAAAAUGGCCAUAAAUGAGCUUGUCCGAGCCAUAACUAUGUCGUUCAUCGUCAGAUUUUAAAAUCAUUUGGCACAUUUGUUCACCAUCAUUGGACGGUGUGUCGCGCGAAAUAAUUACGUCGAUAUCUCCAAGGUCAAGGUCACACUUUGAGUUCAAAGGUCAAAAAUGGCCAUAAAUGAGCUUGUCCUGGCCAUAACUAUGUCAUUCAUUGUGAGAUUUUAAAAUCAUUUGGCACAUUUGUUCACCAUCAUGGGACAGUGUGUCCCACGAAAGAAUCACGUCAAUAUCUCCAAUGUCAAGGUCGCCACGACUAAAAAUAGAUUUAAAAAAAAAAAAAAAACUUACAAAGGGGGUUAAUUUUUUUUGGUCAUUUCAAAAGUUCAGUUUGAGUUUUCUCCCUUUAUCAGAUUUUUUUUUCACAAUGAAAACCUGGUUUUGUGACAAUUUUGUCCCUUGUUAGACAAUUUAAAAUGAAACCGUUUUCGCAUGUGAUCAUUUACAAUACUAAAACUACUAUGUCUGAGAACAACUAAUCAUUUGGGUUUUACACAAUUUUAUUUUUAGUAAGUGUUUAGUUUUUGUUAAAUAUUUGUGGCUUAACUUGGCACAAAAAGUUACGCUGGUUAUUGUACUUUUUCUUGGAGUCUAGUUUUUGUGCGUUUAGAAUAAUACUUGUGUUUCUUCAUGCAUCAUUGACUUUUGAAUGGUUUUUAAGUAAUUAGGGUAGUGCAUAUGUGUAUAUAAUGUGGGCUUACUUUUUGUCGGGCUUCAUCAGGAUAACAGUAUGGGGCUUGUUUAAAAUGUGAAUUGUUGUCUAUAUUAAGAUUGCAUAUUUUCUUUAAAUGAAGUAACUAAUUUGUUUGUGAAAUAUUGAGCAUUUUUGUUAUAACGUACAUAUAUUUGUUGAUUUAAAGAUGCCACAUUUUAUUUUGCCUAUGCAUACAGUAUAUAAAUUUAUUAAUUCUACCAAAAAUA